AUGGAGUACGACCCAGGAAGGAUGGCAACUGCUGAAACUCAACAUGAGGCCCAGAGUUCCAAAAUCCCACUUGAAGCGAAAACAGAGAGGUUGUUCAUCCGACGAUUGAUUCCCGAACUCGAUUUAAACGACCUAUUUGCUAUCCGUUCAAGGUUGGAUGUCAUGAAAUGGAGUUUGACUAGAACACCUGACGCCGAUAUCGCCGCCACGAAGGAGCAUCUUCGUAAGGUCGGCACACCUGAAAACCUCAUUUUGGCUGUGUUCGAAUAUCCCAACACAGAACGGGCGAUAGCGUGCAUUGGCUUCUACACGAAUAACGGGAAUACCAGUCUUGGGUACAUCGUUCAUCCUGACUGUUGGGGUAAAGGGUAUGCAACCGAAGCCGCUCGGGCUGCUAUCGACAUAUGGUGGAAGUUUCUCACCAACCUUCCACCAGAAAAGAACAACGACGGAGACAAAUCACCUAAGAAUUAUUUCGUCCUGGAGGCAAUUACUGAUGCUUCAAAUGUGGCCAGCAAUCGGGUCUUAACAAAAUGUGGAUUCAAAAAGGUUGAGGAGGCUGCAGACGAGCUUGGUCCUUGCAUCAUGUGGGAGUUGCAUAAAGAAGCGAAGUUGACUGAUUGA